ACAAAUAUUGCUUCAAAGGUGAGUCAGCAACUCACCAACUCCAAUCCAAUUUGCCUCGAAAACAAUCUUUCUAAACUUGAAUCCACUCACCUGUUCAUCAUAUUAGUAUCUCCUCAAACACCACUGGCGGGGAGAUAAGCACUAUGAAGCUGUUGGCAACCAUGAAGUUUUGAUUCCCAGUAGCAGCCUGAACUCUCAAGAGAUUGUAUAUCCUAGGUCUAUAAAGUUCUUGGUAAAAUAGGACCAACGCCAUGUACUGAGCUAGUUCUGAAAGAUUGGUGAGAAAUUUCUUCUGAAUUUGUGCAAGAGAGAGCAAAUACAAGGAUCGGAGUCCAUCGUUCCAGUUACUCCCAAGGAGAAGAGCACCCAUAUCAGUAACAUGGACUGGGUGGAACAAUUUAACAUUUCUGAUCUGAAAGGACCAAAGAAUCUGCCAACAUCUGGUCCACUGAGUUUCACCAGCAGACAGCUCCCUCGAGAUUACUACGAUGUUAAAUCAACGAAGGUAAAGCUUAUCUGCAACUUCGGCGGCACUUUCUUGCCAAGGCCAAGUGACGGCGAGCUCCGGUACAUCGGUGGCGACAGGCAUCUGAUGAAAAUUAGCCGGGACAUUUCUUGGCAAGAGUUGGUCAGCAAGACAACAAGGCUAAUAAGGAGAGCCCACACGAUAAAGUACCACCUCCCUGGGGAGCAACUGAGCAUGCUCAUCUCCAUCACCUCCGAUGAUGACCUCCGGCAUAUGAUUGAUGAGUGCAUUGUGCUAGAGGAAAACAGAGAAAUGAUCAACAUGUACCUCUUCUCUCGCAAGGACGAUGAGCGCCACGUGCGUUUCGUGGUGCAAGGCUCAUCCGAUGCCGAGAAAGAAGCGCAGUUCAUCGCUCUUGUCAAUGGGAUCAUCACCACACCAGGUUAUGAGCCGAGAGCACACAGCGUCGGUCGAUCCUCAGCCAAUGACCUGGACCAGCUGAUGUUUGGCAUCAGUGUGGAAGCAGGGCCGCUGGCAGGCAGAACAGAGGAAGCUUCAGUGUCCAUCAAAAGCAAGCCCUUGCAGAGCAUAGCGGUACCGCCAGUGACAGCAAGUGGUCAGCUGGAGAGGACGCCCCCAAGUACCCAGAGACGGAUGAUCAACCAGUAUUAUAAGGCACAAGGUAAUGAAGAGAGCUUGAUCUCUGCAGCCAGAAAGACUAGUAAAGCUUCCCCUGGUGCAUCUGCGCCUUCUGAAUCCACGGCGCAGCAUCAACAGACUGCCACAGAUACUUACAGAACUACUGGGGCACAGGAAAAAAUAUCACCAAGGAAACAGCUUCAGAUACCAUUGGACAACAGUAGUGUGACGACGCAGCCAUCAAAUUCAUUAAGGAAGAACACUAAUUUCCAACCGCACAACAGGAUGGAGAUAUCUGAACCUAGUCAUGAAUCCACUAGUCCUGGCGGCAACAUCAGUGCAAACUUGCAGUACCCGGAGAGGUCAGUUCCAACCAACAGCAUCCAGAAGAACCAGCCUGCAGGUCCUGCAACAUCGGUGCUUCCUUUUGCUUCUACACCUUUAGACAAAAGAAUAAAUCUGCAACCAAAUACUCUUGUGCGUGCUUCAAGUGAUACAAUACAAGAACGACCCGGCAGUCCAACAACAGAUGAGCAUGCAUCAGAAAUCACUCGAUUUCGCUCAGUUGGCACUGGCAUCAUUAAUCCUCAAAUCAGAGCUCCAUUGCAUGAAGCUGAAGAUAAUGCUGCACCAUCAAUCCCAGAGGCUGAGCUACGCGAAACCAAGAGCAGUGAAAAAUCUCUGCCUGCAAAUGCAGUGUUGGGCAGAGAUCUUAUGAGUAAUGUCCAGAUAAUAAGCAACGACGACCUCGAAGAUCUUCGUGAGAUGGGCGCCGGAGCAUUUGGAACUGUUUUUCAUGGAAAAUGGAGGGGAACAGAUGUUGCAAUUAAACGGAUAAAUAACAGUUGUUUUUCAUACCAAUCAUCCCAGGCAGAUAAACUGAUAACAGAAUUUUGGAGGGAGGCCGCUAUCAUCUCAAAACUUCACCAUCCAAAUAUUCUGGCACUUUACGGGGUUGUGAAUAACGGGCCAGGGGGGACAUUAGCUACUGUAACUGAAUUCAUGGUCAAUGGAUCUCUAAAGAAAGUACUCAGUCGCAAGGACAAAUAUCUCGAUUGGCGCAAGAGGGUACUUGUUGCAAUGGAUGCCGCCAUUGGAAUGGAAUAUCUGCACUCAAAGGACAUUGUCCAUUUUGAUCUGAAAUGUGAUAACUUGCUAGUGAAUGUUAAGGAUCCCUCUCGUCCAAUAUGCAAGGUUGCUGAUUUUGGUUUAUCAAAGAUGAAACAAGCCACCAUGGUUUCUGGUGGAAUGAGAGGAACUCUUCCAUGGAUGGCCCCAGAAUUGUUGACAAUGAGCGGCACCAAAGUAUCUGAAAAGGUCGAUGUCUAUUCUUUUGGUGUUGUGAUGUGGGAAAUUCUCACUGGUGAGGAUCCAUAUGAUGGCAUGCACUAUGGAGGAGUUAUAGGGGGCAUUUUGAGUGACACACUGAGGCCGCCAGUGCCCACUUCAUGUAACCCGGAAUGGAAGAAACUCAUGGAGCAAUGCUGGUCAACUGAGCCUGAGCGAAGACCUUCAUUCACUGAAGUCGCAACUUGUCUUCGUUCUAUGCUGCAAGCGCAAAAAUGAAUCUCAGUUAAUAUGCAAGAACUGAAGAACACCACUCUAUGCAUGCUUGUGUAUAUAUAUAUCCUUCUUGCACAUGAUCGAGACAAACAUGAAUAUUUGUUUGAGUUUCAUAUCUGUUUUGUUUUGAGAAAAGUGUAUAUUGUUGGUCCCUCAAGUUUACAAGAAGUAGACAUCGGAUCUGUUUCAAAAUCA